CCAAUAUUAUAUUCCCUCGAACCCUAACGAAACCCGCCCCGCCUACACAUUCUUCUCUGUCCCACUUACCGGCGAAACCCGCCCCGCCGCCUGCCUCACCAUGGGAAAGAAGGAAAAAUCUUCGAAACGGAAAAACCGAGACACCGGAGUAACCAGUGAGGUCUUGUUGCACAAGAGUAUUGGAGAUAAAGAUGGAUUUGAUGUUGUGGAAGACUUGAGUGAACCAACCAUGGGUGAAAAACUUGCAACCCUCAAGUUGGAAGGAAACGACAAUUCCCCUGAAAAUACAGACUCUUCUCUUCCGGCAAAGCCACCUAGUGCAGCCUCAGUUAAUAUCUUAGUUAAGCAAGCACUGCAUGCUGAUGACCGAGCCCUUCUCAUAGAUUGCUUAUCCAGACAAGAUGACAAAGUUAUUGCAAACUCACUUUCACUGUUGAAUCCUUCUGACGUCCUCAAGUUCUUAAAGUCUCUUGUGCCGAUAAUUCAGUUAAGAGGUGCUGUUUUGGCAUGUGCUCUUCCAUGGCUCAGAAGUUUACUUCUUCAGCAUUCUAGCAGUAUAAUGUCCCAAGAAUCUUCCUUGGCUGCUUUAAACUCUAUAUUUCAGAUAAUAGAAUCAAGAGUCUCAACCUUCAACCCUGCUCUUCAACUAUCAAGUUCAUUGGACUUGCUUUACGCAGAUUCUGUUGAUGAUGAAGUGGAGGAGAAUAAUAUAAUUGCGCCUGUUAUAUAUGAAGAUGAUGAUGAAAGUGAUGAUGAUGCAUCUGAUGAUUAUUCCAUGGAAGUUGACACCAUAGAAGAUGGUGAAGAGCCUAUACUCUACAGUGAUAUCAGUGAUGCCGAAGAGGAUGGCGAAAUCAGUGACUAAAUUUAUCAUCAAAAGUUUUGCUGCCUCACAUGUAUGUAUAAGCAAACUCUAUCACUUUUAGUUAGCAAAGUGUAGAAAACAGAGUUUUUCUUUUAUUGUAUCCCUUGCUGUUCCAUUUUUGAGAUGAGAUUAUAAGAGUGUUUUUAUAUGCUCCUA